AUGAUACAAAUGAACUAAUCACGUUCACACACAAAUUAACCUUACAAAUGAACUAAUACUAAUGAAAAUUCAAAUUUGACCAUGCAUUUUUUCUUGCAUUGCACAGAGUGAAAGUUUUUUUCUAAUCAUAUCAGUAGAAUGACUGAUUCGACUGUAGUAGUCAAAGCAAAACCAGAAAGAAAGGUAUUCAAAGCCACCAAAGUUACGAAAAUUCCUGAGUCCAUACUGAACAAUCCAAAACUGCAAGCUGCAAUAUCAACUCUGCCAAAAAAUUACAAUUUUGAGAUUCCAAAAACGAUAUGGCGAAUUCAAGAAUUGAAGGUGAAAACUGUAGCUCUCCAAAUGCCAGAAGGUCUGUUACUCUUCUCAACUACCAUUGUGGACAUAAUAAAAGACUUCACUGGGGCAGAUUCCAUAAUAAUGGGUGAUGUUACUUAUGGAGCUUGCUGUAUUGAUGACCUCACUGCCAAGGCCUUAGGAGUGGAAUUACUGGUCCACUAUGGACACAGUUGUCUAGUACCUUCUGAUCAAACAAGUGGAAUCAAAGUUUUGUAUGUUUUUGUUGAUAUCAAAAUAGACCCUCUUCACUUCAUUGAUACUGUUAAGGUGAACUUUGAUCCUUCCACCAAGAUAGCUCUAGUUAGUACAAUACAAUUUGUAACAACACUUCAAGGUGUAUCUAGUAAAUUGAAAGAAAUUGGAUACAAUGUCUCCAUUCCACAGUUUAAACCCCUUUCACCAGGAGAAAUUUUAGGGUGCACAGCCCCAGUUUUGAGGUGUGCUGAUGCCUUAAUCUAUCUGGGAGAUGGCCAAUUCCACUUAGAAGCAGCAAUGAUAGCUAACCCACAUGUCCAAGCAUAUAAAUAUGACCCCUAUGCAAAAAAGUUCACCAAGGAAUCCUACCAGCAUGAAGAAAUGGAAAAGAUCAGGAAGGAAAGUAUAGCAAAGGCUAGGUGUGCAGGUACUUUUGGAGUUAUCAUGGGUACCUUAGGCCGUCAAGGAAAUGUAAAUGUUGUGGAACACUUGAGGAAGCGCCUGGAAGAGUCCUCCAAAAAAACUGUGGUGAUCCUACUUUCUGAAAUAUUUCCCCACAAACUAGCACUCUUCAAGAACAUUGAUGCUUUUGUUCAAAUUGCAUGUCCUAGACUGUCCAUUGAUUGGGGUGCUGCUUUUUCUAAGCCUCUCAUCACUCCUUAUGAAGCUUCAAUUGUGACAGAGGAUGCCAAAUGGCACAAGGAAGGUGCCAGCUAUCCCAUGGACUUUUAUGCCAAUGCCAGUUUGGGCCCCUGGACACCCAAUCAUAAACCAGAAAUUGAUGGUCUGAACAAAUGUUGUGGAAAAUGUAUAUAGGUUUAUUUUGAAAUAAUAUGUAGAUAUAUUGAGUCUACAGCUAGCCAAAUCAUGUGAAAUUCAUAUUUAUUAUUUUAUGCCCAAAGAAGUUUGAUUGCAGUUGCCAAUAAAUUUUAUUGACAU